AUGAAUAAGGUGAAGAAGUUUUCUCGCAUUGCAGGUCAUGAUUGUGUAAUAGGUGAAAAUGGUGUGGUGUUAUAUAAAAAGAAGUACGAGUUCAAACUUCUUCACCGUAUUGAUGAUUACGGAUUCUUAUAUCCCAAUAAUUUUCAUGAUUUAUGUAAUCAGCAAAAUGAAAUUUUAUUGAUUGCCAGUGAUUAUUCAUCAAAAAUUUAUGGAGGAUAUAGAACAGAUAUAACA